GGUCGUGUGACAAGGAUGCUUGACUCGUGGGUCUACGGCGUGGCUCGCUCGUGGGUGCGACGGUGCUUUCGGCGGUGGGUCUACGGUGUGGCUCGACUCAUGGGUCUACGUCGUGGCUUGACUCGUGGGUCUACGACGGUCUUGUACCAGAUUGAUGAUGAUGAGAAAAUCACCAUGAUUGAUUUUCCUCUAAUGGUUUCGGUAUCUCAUCAUAAUGCGCAGAUGUACUUUGACCGCGAUGUUGAAUGUGUCUUUAAGUUCUUUAGAAAGAGGCCAGUGAUAUUUUUUUCUUUUGUGUUGGAAGCUUUCUCAUCUGCUUCACUGACUUGCUCACUUUUUAAAAUCUACUGAGUUUCAUUAUUUGAGAUUGCUACUCUUAAAAGAACUCUCACAUAUCUUCUACUAAUGGAGGAUUGAAUUUUGAUUGCUGAGUGUUGAUGGGUUGAUAAUGCUAGUCCACUUAAAACUUUAGAUGAUCAUAUUUUUCCUGAAUUUAGCUGUAGUUUUUUGUUUAUGCUUCUACGCCAUGUUGCUGUUCCGGCUGUUGCGGUAUUGUUCUUGACAGUCGAUUUUAGUUGGUAGUGAAAGUCAUUUCAAUAUUUUCAUUUGUGGUCAAUAAAUUAGUUGAAGUGGUAUAUAUAUGUGGUUCUUAUGUAUUUUUCCAGAAGUCCUUUUUUUG